AUGACGGCAGCCGAUCAGCUCAAGCAGCAGAGCGCUGCGCUACAGUCAAACAUAGGCGAUAUUUCAAAGACUGCUCAAUCAACAGCGAAGAAACCAACCACGGUGACACCUACCAAGGCUAGAUCUUUGACGACCAAAGCAACACCAGUGAAGAAACCAGCGGCCACUGCUUCCGAGACUCCAGAUGCAGCAGUUACACCGGUCAAGAGGGUUCCAAGAAAGCUAAAUGCUGGGCUUUCAUCGACUGCCACCAAAUCUACAACAACGCCAGCGAAAGCACCACCUGGUACAUCGUCCACAGCAACCAAGCUGGCAGCCUCAAGCACAUCAGCACCCAAAGUUGCAUCAGCCACAACACCUGCAAAGAAAACUAUCAGACCAUCCUCCAAACCCACUCCCAUUGCUUCCAAAAAGCCCUUACCCACAGCUGUGACGAAGAAUACCUCUAGCCCUCCAGCAGCGAAGCCUGUGAGCACUGUCAAGAAGACAACCGCCAGCUCCACUCCAGCAAAGUCCUCUCAAACCUCAUCAUCCACUCCCUCCACAACUGUCAAAAAGGAUGUGAACCCAGAUGGUACCUCCCCCACCCCCCUCCACAUCAUCAAAGCUCAUCCCGCACCAGGCCAAACCACGACUAAACCCCCUAGCACAUUUAACAAGGGCAUUAACACAGCAACCAGCACGCUCAACAAAACCGUCGGCGUGACUACUGGCAGCGUCAACACCGUCACCGAUGCGGCAACCACGGGUGUCACUUCUACCAUCGAUGGCAUCACCGGCGUUGCGGGCAAAGGGCUCGAUAAAACACCAGCUGGGGUGGGCAAGCCGGCCAAACAUGUGACCGAUACUGUGGGCAAAACGGCAACGGGCACCGUCGACAAUGUAUACUAUACAGCGGGCGCAGCAACCAAGGGCGUGCAGGGAACGGUUAGUAAGACAACGGGAGCGAUUGGCAAGGGGGAUGCCAAGGGCGCGGUCAAGGGCGCGAGUAGUGGUGUUGGCAAUACGGUGACGGGCAUUGGCAAGGGCGCAGGUCAAACGGUAGGUGAUGCCGUAGGAGGCGUUGGCAGUACGAUUGGGGGACCGAUUGGAGGCGUCGUGGACAAUGUAGGCAAAGGCGCAAACAACGCCGUCACGGGUAUCACCGGUGGCCUGGGCGACGGCGUCACGAAGCUGGGGAAAGGUGAUGUAAUUGGGGGAGUGGGAAGCACGCUUGGGGGUGUAGGCAAAGGAAGAGGAGAAGUGAGUGCUGUGGUGUUGGAAGAGGAGGAGGAGGAGGAGAAGAAGGAGAAGAAGAAGAAGAAGAAGAAGAAGAAGAAGAAGAAGAAGAAGAAGAAGAAGAAGAAGAAGAAGAAGAAGAAGAAGAAGAAGAGGGUCGCUUGGAUCCGUGCUCCUCGUCAUCACAAGGAAAAGAAAGUGCUCAGGAAAAAGAAAGACGAGCAGCACACUCUCCCUAUCGCCAUGCCAAAUCAUGCCAUGCCACACCACCGUGCCAGAACAAAAGACUGGUAA